GAGGAGGAGGAGGAGGAGCGUUCAGAUUCAAGUGUGGUCCAGCUGUAAAGGAUGCAGACUUGUUAGGACACUUCACAUCCUUGAGGAGCGGACAGAAGGAUGUGAUGCAGAUAAACAAGACUGGCUAUUUGGAGGUUGGAGCAGCUCAGCACAUGGUUCUGUGCAAGUGAACUGUGUCGGGAUCGGCGGUAGAAUCCAUGUGGCCGACAUGAGGCAGGUGGACCAGGAACGGCACAACCUCCACGAGAGUCUUGCUGGUGCAGUCACAUUGACUCUGGUACUGGUUCUGCUCGGGUCAGUCCGCUGCUGUCCCGGCGUCUGCACCUGUGAUCGUAACACCACCGAUUGCUCCGCUCUGGGCCUGAUUUCUCUGACCCCUCUCCUGCCACUGCUUGACCAGGACUCUGAGACCCUGUACCUGGCCCAGAACAACCUCUCUUUCCUGGCUGCUGUGGACUUGGCCAACCUCAGCAGCCUGGAGAUCUUGGAUCUUUCCCAGAACCACUUUUUCACCCUGCAAUCGGGAGUCUUCUCAGGCCUGAGCGGCCUGCGGUGGCUCAAUCUGUCCACCAACUUCCUCGGAAGGCACCUCGCCACCUCAGAUGUCAACCGCAGUAAAGAGGCAGAGCAAAACCUAAACAGAAGCCGUGGGGGCGUCAGCCUGAGCAAGGAGGUCUUCCGGGGGCUGGGGUGGCUGCGAGGACUCGACCUGUCCUCCAAUGGCCUCUACUGGCUGCCCACGGGCCUGCUGGAUGGACUCCAGAGACUAACUUGGUUGUCGCUGGCCAGGAAUCGGCUCGCGGUGCUGGAGAGGGCAACCUUUGAGCCUCUGGUGGGGCUUCAGCAGCUCCUCCUGGCUGGGAACCCUUGGGAAUGUAAUUGCAAGCUAUGGAACUUCAAGCACUGGGUGGAGUGGAUGAUCUACAGAGACGGUCUGGUCGACACGAUAACGUGCAGCUUUCCCAGGAAACUGAUCGCCAGGAACAUCCGCAACGUGCCGGCCGAGAUGUUCGAGCACUGCGUGCAGAGCGUCGCCAAGGAAGUCACACCCGGCGGCGGCGGCAUACGACCCCUCUGUUCGCCGGGUCGUAUCAGCAGCAACGACGAGUGCGUUCGCCAGCGCUACCGUCCGGUUAGCGUCCGCCGAGCGCAAGUGACGCAAAUCGUGGCGGGUGUGGUGUGCGGCACGGUGUGCGUCAUGAUGGUGGUGGCGGCAACGUACGGCUGCGUCUACGCCUCGCUGAUGGCUCGCUAUCAGAGGGAGCUGAAGAAGCGAGGGCCGCCUCUGAUGGCUGAGGGCGUGGCAGACGACCUGGGAGACGCGCAAUCCCCAACGACGCCAGAAGAGGCGCCGCCUAAAGAGGCCUGCGUGGUGUACGGGUACCGCAUCAGCAGCUUCUGACGGGUCCAGCACAGAUCUUUGAAACUUCCAACGACCCAAACACCACGACCCUUGCAUUCAUUUUUCCUCUGCAGUCUCUUUGUGACCAACCGAUGCUCAAGCGUGACACUUCUUAUUCAUGUCCUCGGUCCUCCUGUUGGAUCAUCUCCAUAGCAACGUCACCUGACCUCGCUGAGACUCCGUUUUCUCAUCCUGCAGUCCUACUGCCACCUACAGGCCACACUGAGCAACUACCUAAUGUCUCGUUUAAGUGUGUAAUAGAAGUAGAUUUACAUGGUGUGAGGGCCAAAUAGGACAGCAAUAAAUAAAUACAUCUUCAAUUACCUAAAUGUGUCAUUAAUUAAAAUAAAAAAAUUAAAAAUGUAUGUGUUAUUACAUUUGUACCUCUUUAAAUUAUUGUAAAAUUAUUUAUUUAAUUAUCUACCCCAGUUCAGGGGUGCUUGUAUUAUUUAGUUAAGUGGAAUGUUAGAAAAAGCUAGAUCAUUUGAAACAGUCAAACAGAAAAAGGUACAGUAGGUACAAAAACACUAACCUAUUUAUUAUUAACCUUCUGGAAUGGACUUAUAAUGUCUUUAACUUAAAGUGGAGUGGUAAUUGGUCACAAUAAUUAAUCUCAUGACAUAGUACGUGGAGUGAUGCGGACACGUUUGUUACGGGAUACAAUUUUAAUACGCUGCUGCCUAGGAGACUUUGUAUGUGUAGAAAAUAUUGUUUAUAUUGACAAAUGUCAUGAUUUAGACUGCCAUAUUGUUUAAUUAAGGACACAAAUUAUGGAUGGAUAGCUUGCGCUAAUCCGAUAAUUGUUAUUUUGCCCAUAUCGGAUCCGAUUUCAAUAUCAUACCAGGACACCGCCAGUUGUUACCAUCAAAUUUACGUUUUUUUUCACAACAAUAUGCCUUUUUGCUCUUUUUCAUGGUUACUUUUUUUUAAACUUUAUUUCAACCAUAUGCUGCCACACUUAAGACCGCUGGCCUAGUUUAGUUUUUAGGUAAAUGACUGAUAUUUUCUGUAUUUAUUGGUUUUUUGCAUCCUGGUAAAUUUACUUUCAUUGCUUAUCGUUUAUUUGAGUUUGUAGAAGAGUGCUUCUAAAUACAAUGAAUUAUUAUUAGAAUAUAAUUAAAUGCAGCUAAGUAAUUAAAUAGUGACAAAUUGAAAACCUGAAAUAAAUAAAUAUUGAAAUAAUAAAACAUGAAAUAAUUUAAUUAUGUAAUAAUUAAAUAAGUAAUUAAAUAGUGAAAUAAUUAAAACAUGAAAUAAUUUAAUAGUAAAAUAAUUAAAACAUGAAAAAAUUAAAUUAUCCAUCCAUCCAUUUUUUACCGCUUGUCCCUUUCGGGAUCGCGGGGGGUGCUGCAGCCUAUCUCAGCUGCAUUCGGGCGGUAGGCGUUAUACACCCUGGACAAGUCGCCACCUCAUCACAGGGCCAACACAGAUAGACAACAUUCACACUCACUUUCAAAUAGUGAAAUAAUUAAAACAUGAAAUAAUUAAAUUAUGUAAUAAUUAAAACAUUUAAUAAUUAUAUGUUGUAAUAAAUAAAUAAUUCAUUGGUGAAAUAUUUAAAACAUGACAUAAUUCAAUUAAAUAAUUAAAUAACUAACAAGUGAAAUAAUAAAAUUGUGAAAUAAUUAAAACAUAAAAUAAUUAAAUUAUGUAAUAAUUAAAUAAUUAAUUAAAUAGUAAAACAAUUAAAACAUGAAAUAAUUAAAUUAUGUAAUAAUCAAAUAAGUAAUUAAAUAGUAAAAUAAUUACAACAUGGAAUAAUACAAUUGUGAAAUAAUUAAGUAAUUUUUAUAUACGAUUUAUUUAGGAUUUUAAAUUUUUUACAACAAACAUACACAGCCAUAUACAUUGAAAUGUUGGCAAUGUAAAUGCCCACAAAACACCACACAAAACAGGAGGAAGGAAACAAACAACACAAUAAAUAAGUAUUUUUGUAUAGAACUAAUUGCAUAGUUAAAUAAAUAUAAUUACGUAUAAAUUAAAUCAAUGAAUUAAUUGUAUUUAUUUUAAAUUAUAAUUAAUUAUUGAUUUAAAGGUUGAUUUAUUUCAUCAUGUCCCAUUAGGCCAACUGUACAUUGCUUUCCACAUGUCAUGUGAGAAGCACACCUCAAAUGCUCCUCAUGAAUAUGGACUUUUUUAAUAAACUAUUUG